AUGGAAUACGUGACCCAGUUGUUCCAGUUUACUACUAAAGACUCCAAUUUCAGGUAUCACCCUUUGUGCAAAGGCUUAAAUCUUAUUAAUCUGUGCAUUGCUAAUGACUUGAUAAUUUUGAGUAAAGGGACAAGACAAUCUCUUCUAGUCGUCAAAACUAUUCUAGAUGAGUUCAGUAAUACUACAGGGCUUCUCAUUAAUCCUCAAAAGUCUCACAUUUAUUUUGGUGGAGUGAGUAAUACUGAGAAGGAAGGCAUUAUUGCUGAUUUGUCUCUUGUUGAGGGCACCUUUCCUUUGAAGUACCUUGGAGUACCUUUAAGGCCUACAAAAUGGAAAGUUGAAGACUGUGGGAUAAUCAUCUCAAAAAUCAAGCAAAGCUUAUACACAUGGGCUAGUAGAGACCUCUCUCACGCAGGUAGAACCCAACUUAUUCACACUAUUCUACUUGGCCUCAGAAACUACUGGAUGAGUAUUUUUGUCCUUCCUCAAAGUGUUACUAAAGAGGUUAAAAGAUUAUGUAGGGGUUUCUUGUGCAGAACUAAGGAUGAGAGAAGCAAGAUACAUAUGACCUCUUGGGAGAAAGUUUGUUUUUCGAAAGCUUAUGGAGGCCUUAGUUUCAAAGAAGGCACCAAGUGGAAUCAUGCUAUACUGGUUUCAAAGAAGGCACCAAGUGGAAUCAUGCUAUGCUGGCCAAGUAUAUCUACGCUAUCAUGGAGAAAAAUUACCUUCUUUGGGUUAAAUGGGUCAACCUAA